ACCCACCCGAUUCACAUAAUUUACAGAUGGGCUGCAUCAAUAGGGCCGGCCCAAACUAUAAAAUAGAACACAAAAAGAAUUAAUCCCAAAGGUCUUCUUUACGUCCCACGAAACCUGAACUUUGGCGGGAAAGGCUUCGUAUUGGAUGUAGACUGCAGAAUAAAUAUAAACUAAUCAGGCAUUUUCUUAACCAAUUGUGUGGCGUCCCAGCCAUUAGCUUCCAUCUCCGACGCAAGAACGAACAAGCGAUCAUCUUUCUCGGCUCCCUCCUUCUCUGGCAUUAGCUUGGGUGAAGUAUUGUGGAAUGCAAGCUGGUACUUAACAUGGGGCGACAAACUAUUCCAUCCACUAAUCAGAUCAUGACUGGUUUUGAUUCGGAUCUACAUGGCCACAUUGGCCAGAACACAGGAAAUGAAAACAUUGCACAACCUAAUAUCCAACCUACGGUAUCAGCUUCGGAGAACACAGCUAAUGUUGGCGUCCAAUAUGUAGCAGAGCAGUACUGGGACGAUGAAAUUCAGAAUCUUCGUAAUCCUGGCACAGGUAGUGCACCUCCAACCAGAUUUUAUCAUUCUGACAUGAUAUCCUCACUUAGGGCUGCUUCACAUGGGUAUGCGGCCUCCCGUGAAUUGCCAUUUUCCAGCAAUUAUGGAUUCACUGGAGUUUCUGCAUAUGAACAUGGAUGGAACAGUCACUAUUUAGAUAAUAUCCGGAGUCUACGCGAGAUAAUAUAUUCUGAACGAAUUUCUGGGACUAUCCAACAUAGUAACUCAUCUUCAGGCUCUAGUUCUUCAGCUGCCCCCUCGAAUGCAUGGCAUCCUGAUGCUCAUGGAGUUGCUGUGAUGGAUUCUGCAUCUUUUGCGCUGCCUCAAUAUUACAGAGAACUCGGUGAUCCAUCAAUCAUGGAAGGACUCUCGAGUGGGUACUUGAGAUACAGAUCAGGCGCUACUGGAAUGAAUCAUCUUAUGGUGAAUGAACAUAAUCUUUUGAUUCCAGGAAAUUAUAUGGUUCUGAAUUUUCAGCCAGCUAGUACUCUCACGAACCAGAUUCCUGCAACAUCUUAUGUUAAUGGCAGCAAUUCCAUUGAAGGUUCUAUGGGGACUUGGAGUUUGCCGGGUGUACAAAGAUAUUAUCACACAGCUAGCAGUACAGGUACCCUGGGUCUCCUCAAUAGGUGGCACCCCGAUCAUCUGAGCCCACAAAUGCAAGGAUUGAGAGACCAAAAUACUAACUCUCACCUGUAUGGUUUCCAUCAUCUUCAUCCUUCCAUCAACAAUUGGCGCCACGAUUAUCACGAUUAUCAUUAUUAUUAUCCUUUGAUCCCACAAAUGUUUGUGCUAGAAGUGAGAGACCAAUAUAUUUACCCUCACCUGUAUAGUUCUCACCUGUAUGGUUUCGGUCAUCUUCAUCCUUCAAUCAACAAUUGGGACCACGAUCAUUACCUUCAUUAUAAUCCUCUGAUCCCUCAAAGGCGAGGAGUGAGAGGCCAAAAUAUUUACUACCUACAUAGUUUCCGUCAUCUUCAUCCUUCCACCAACAAUUGGAGCCACGAUCAUCACCAUAUGAUCCCACAAAUGCGAGGAGUGGGAGGCCAAAAUAUUUACCCUCACCAGCAAAUAGCUGCAGCUUCAAAUAGAGUACUUGCUAUGAAUUCUUCAGGCCGCACUCUAAGGCCUGCUCGGAACAAUUUGGAGAUGGCUGUCAGGCAUCGCAGAUCUGUUCCGCCAACUAGGCCUCGGACAUACCGUCCUCAUAGAAGGGAAAUCCCUCCUGAGACAACUCUUAGACAUAGCAGCCAACCACCCACCAGAGUUCUGCCAGCUGAUGAAACUGUUAUACUUGAUUUGCUAAUGCUGCCACAAUUAUAUCAAGCGAUGAACUUGACCGACUCUAGCGAUGAGGUUUGGUUGAAUGUAGUGCAAAUGCAAUUGGUAAGGUCCAAUGAAGAGGACGAGUUGUCGGAGGAAACUAUCACCAGGCAGUUGAGGACAAGAACUAAUGUAUCAUCUGCUCCUAUUAUUAAUCCGGGGGAGACUGCUUCUGCGGAUCAGGAAUCUGAAUCUUGCAUUAUAUGCCAGCGUGAAUACAAGGAUCAAGAGCAGAUUGGAACCCUUGAUUGUGGGCACGAGUAUCAUGCGCAUUGCUUAAAGAGGUGGUUGCUCGUGAGGAAUGUCUGCCCAAUGUGCAAAUCUACAGCACUGAACACACGAAGGAAGGAGUUAUAAACGUAAAAAAUGGAGAGAGGGUUUGAAAGAUUUUCACUGUAAAGCUAGCUGCCGCAUCAAGUUGAGAUCUUGUUUCACAUGUAGUAGCAUGUAGGAGUAACAGUUGCAUUUCCGACUCAUUUAUAUGCUGGUUUCUGGCAAAUGGCCCAGUGGUUCCCCCGUCUUGACAACAGCUGUAGAGACUUUUUGUCCAAUUAUGACUUCGAUCGGAAUGAAAUUCAUUACUUUUUUCGUUCA